AUGGAGUCGUCUAGGAGAGAUUCCGGCCAUCUCGAUGCAGCUGGAGAUCGAGAAGUCGUAUUCUGUCACAACUGUUCCAACGAAUGGUAUCGGGAUCAGCAUGGCCUAGAGUGUCCCAGGUGUGAGAGUGACAUCACAGAAAUUAUCAGCCUAGAGAACGACCCUCGAGACUUUGACCAAUCUUCCGGUGCAACGUCGCCCGACCCCUCUGGCCCAGCACGCUACUAUGAAGACUCAGAUCCCGACGAAGCUGAUAUCGAAGAUCAUAUGGAAGGAAAUCAUGGGUUCGCUUUCCACCGGAGCACCCGGCAGGGUCCUAAUCGCGAACACCACAAUCCAGAAAUGGAGCCUGUAAUCUCCCGUUUUUUCGAUAUGAUAAACGGCUUCAGUAAUGACGGACAAUCGAAUGCUUCGAGACAGUUUUCUGGAAUGCGACCUGGGGAUGACUUGCAUCAUAAUCAUGGUGUCAGUCAUCAACACCACCAUCAUCAUCAUCACCAUCACCAUGAAACAGAUCAUACGCACAACCACGAUCAUGAUUCGGAAGUCGAGCCCCAGGCCAACCCUGAACAAACUCAUGCACGUCAAUUUUCCUCAGCUCGUAUUCACCGAACAACCUUUAGAAGUGGCCCGUUCGGGACUGCGAGUGUUACAAUCUUCUCAGGUCCAGUCCGAGGUGUUGGCGGCAACCCCUCGAUCGAGGGUAGAGGGGACCCUUUCCAAGAAAUAUUCGCCAAUGUAAUGCGAGACAUAGGCCCCCCAGAUGGCCGAGAACCAGAUGGUCGACAACAGGAUGUUCCUUCUCCUGCAUUCCUCCGUGGUCUGCAGGACAUUCUAGGACUCCUCAACCCUGCCAACGCAAUGGCCGGUGAUGCUGUCUAUUCACAAGAAGCUUUAGAUCGCAUCAUCUCUCAACUGAUGGAAGCAAACCCUCAGUCAAAUGCAGCCCCACCCGCCUCGGAAGAAGCCUUGAACAAACUAGACCGGCGCUCUGUGGAUAAAGAAAUGCUGAGUCGGGAUUCGAAAACUGAAUGCUCGAUCUGCAUUGAUGAUCUCAAAGAAGGCGAAAAGGCUAUUUUUCUACCUUGCAAACACUGGUUUCAUGAAGAUUGUGUAGUUCUGUGGUUGAAAGAGCACAAUACCUGUCCGAUAUGUCGGUCACCAAUCGAGAAGAGUGAGCAGGGCAGCGAGGCUGGCAAUCGUGAAAGGAGUGGCCCAACGCCACCGAGCGACAACUCAUCCAACAACCCGGGUAUUAGGAAUCCCGAAUUCGGUUUCGGACCAUAUUCAGGAGCCCACUCAGGAGAACCGUCGGGAAUUGGACGUUGGCUGUUUGGAACAAGAACAGACAGCGGUGCAAAUCCCGCCACAGGCUACACAUCAGAUGAUCGUAGCCCCUCUCCGGCUAUCUUCAGUGGUGCAUCAACCCCUGCACAGCCUACGCAAAUUCCCCCUUCCCGACGGCCUAUCCGUAUACCCAGCAGUCACGCACGCCUACAUGAUGCCUUCCGGUUCGUAGCGGAGAGAGACAGGGACAGGGAGAGUGAUAAUGAGCGGGACAGGGACAGAGGCCAAGGCACCUCAUCCGGAGUGAGCUAUGACACUUCGCGAAUGCAACGUCGAAAUUCAAUGUCGCCAACCAGCCCUAGAGGAGUUGGUAUUGGUGAGCAGAGUACUCGGUUUAGACAGCGGAGCCCUUCUCAGAAUACACGCGACUCCCGGCAUUCUUCUACGAAUGGUGGCCCUAUCAGCUGGCUACGGGGACGGUUUUCGGGAGGAGGAAACGGGAACAGUCCGUCUCGUGAUGAAAGACAAUCCUAG